UGUCGCUCAGACGGAGGGAGAGAGAGGGGGGAAGGACGCAGCAGAAUGGCGACCGUGCAGUGCUGCAAAUGCACGGGCGAAAGGAAAGGGUUUCGGCGGGAACUUGAUUCUUGGCGACACAAAUUGAUACACUGCGUCGGGUUCGAAAGCAUUCUGGAGGGAAUCUAUGGCCCACUGCUGCUGAGGGACCUCAGUUUGUUUGAUGACUGUGAACCUGAAGAGGUGGACGACUGGUCCUCGGAAACAAAUUGCUCUCAAUGUUCGUUCUGCAGCCUUUCCCUGGACAAACUCAGCAGUGAUCAUCUGCCUGCAGCCACGUCGCCCCUCUCCUCCCCCUCUGAUUACUCUCCCUGUCCGGCUCCAACCAUCUCUGAGAGCAGCCAAUCAGCGCACAGGAUCCUCCAAGCUGUGUUUCACAAAAAAGAUGUGUCCCUGGGCUGUGAUACCAACAUCCCUCCGGUUGCUCAGGAGCUCAUGAAGAAGAUGAUACAUCAGUUUGCCUUGGAGUACUCAUCCAAGUGCCUACUCCACACCAGUACAAAUGGUGUUACAACAAGGACCUCAUCACCUUUGUCACAACCAUCCGACGCCCCUCUGGACCUCACAGUGAGCCGAACUGGGGAGGAGAAAGAGAGUGAAAGUGACCCAGAUGGCGUGCUCGACCUCUCCAACAGGAACUCUGCCGGCUCAGCAAAUUCACCAUCUAAUCACAAAGCCUCAGGCUCCCUGCUGCCAUCAUGUGCGGAAGAAUUGGGUGAUCUGGGACAGCGAGGGACUCUUCAGAGCUCUGCAUUGGGUGCUGUUCUCAGCUCGCUCUGCUCAGCACACCGCUCUCUACUCUACCAGAUCCUCAAGCUGGCGCGCCAGGAAAAAUUGCUGUUGCUCCUUAAUCACAGACCUGAAGGCCAAACUGAAUCUCACUGCUGUCACUGUGGCGUAAGCCCACAGGAUAUUGUUAGCCCUAAUACAGUCCCAUUUAGUGACUGUAAAGGCCGUAACAGCAGCCCCUACUGCCCUUUAAUUGAUUGGGAUAAUCAAGGUCAUGGCAGCACAAUGUGUCGUCCAGGAGACUCCAAGUCCAACCGUAGCAUCCACCACUACCCUUUAACAGACUGUAAAAGUGACGCUCCUCUGUGCUCCAGCUACUGCUGUGUGCAGAGGUGUAGGAUGGAAACCUACACUGUUCUGUGCCCCAAGAGGCUGUGCUGCAUUUCCUGCCAAAGCCUUGCUGUAGGUCGUAUCGACAACAUGGUGUGUUCAUUUGCAUCCUCUCCUUCGUUAUCCAAAUCCCCUUCACUGUGCACUCCCUCCUCUAGCUUAUUCCCUUCCUCAUCGAUCUGCUGUAACCAACACAACCCCCACUGUUGCCCCUGUUGUUCAAACAAAGCCUGUCUGAUGCCGUUCAGGGACACAAUAGAAAGAGGGGUUGGAGAUGGGGAUCCCCCUUGUCCUGUCUUGAAGAGAGAGCAGAGCCCCUCUCCUCCUCCUCUGUCCCCUAUCCCCUUAGACAUCAAUAAGAAAACUGAUGAAAAGCCACCCUCCCUCCUUCACCAUAGACAAGAGGAGGAAGUUGACCCAAUGGUUAAAGAUGGUCUCGUGAAUACAAGCCACCAAGAAGCAGAUGUGGAUACAGCUGCAAAAGGGGAGCGAGACUAUAGAAACCCAAGAAGUAGUCAGGCUGAGCAGAACCCAAGUGGGACUUCACUGCAAGACGUUGUGAAUCGCUUCAGUGAGAAACUGGAGACAAUCGGACCUAUAGAGAAGGAGCCACCUCUGGUUGCAACAGCUGUUAAUGUCUCUGAAAGGGAGAAGCAACAGUACGCCUCAACCAGUCAGGACCUGCAGUGUCAGGCUGACGCUCAUUUGACUGAAAUUAUCACCACCGUGCUUCAUACAGGCAGUGCUAGUGAUUACAAUCUCAGUGAGCUGUUCAAUCGGCAUGAUAGUAAAGAGCCCAAGUCACCUAACACCCGCUCCCGACGUCGCCAAGAAGUCCUUGCUGCUAUAGCAACACCUGCCGACGAUGCUUCAACCAGAAGGAAAACCGUGCAAAGGAAGCGAGAUUUUGCCAUGUUUGACCAGUGCUACAGUAGUAGAAAGGGACCACCAGCAAAGAGGGCAAGAGUGAAAGAUGGAAAUGUUACUGUAACUAAAUCACCCUCUUCAUCAGAUUCAAACCUAGUUAAAGAGGAGUAUAACAGCAAAAUGGAGGUAGGUUUGGAACCUGAAGAGAAUUAUAGAGUUAGGGAGGGACCACUGAACAUCCUCACUGCAGAAAGUGAAAGGGAUGAAGUAAAAGAGGACGUACAGACAGUUGUACUGACGGAAGAAGUUCUGAUCAUUAAAGCAGAAGCGACGGAGAAGAACAUAUCUGGUGAGGAAAAAUAUCUUACCCUCUCAGACCCUCAAAUACCGACCCCUGAGCUGCAGAGAAAUGAUGGCAAACAAGAUUCAAAGGGUGACAAUGUACAAACACAGGGGAUAACAGUGAGUGCAACCCCGGCAAAAGAGUGUAGCAGGCCCUGUAAAGAAGACAGUAUAGGUAGUGGACCUGAGGGAGAUGGGAACCAUGAAGAAGCCCCACCUGGUCAAAGCCCUGACAGUGACAAUAGACCAGGUAAAGGUAAAGGUUGCCAUAGUUCUAUUAGAGAUGGGCAGAAAUGUCAACCACAACACUCAGAGGACACAAGGAGAUCCAGUAGGAAUAUAGUGCCCCCACAGUGGUUCUCCUCUUAUAUCACAGAUUCCUGGAAGAAGCACAGUGUUGCAUGUUUCCCUGAAAGCAGGGACUUUAACCAGGGAACAGAAAAGGACGAGGUUUUGACAUCUAGCUUCCUGGGUGCCUUAUCCAAAGAUCCAGAGGCUGAGGACACCCAGUUUGAAUCAAGAAGUGAAGCCACUCUGUCCUCACCUGAGCACACAUGGAAGCUUACCUUUGAAUCAACACAUGGAGAACAAUGUGGGCCAUCCCACACAGAGUCAAAAGGUCUCUCUACAAACCAGGUCUUUCCACAAACUGCAGCUGCCAAAGACAAGAGUCCUACAAAACAGAGCCCGGACGAUAAGACAGAUGACAGGCUUCGGUCAUCUCUAAAAAGACUACAGGGCUCAAAGGCAACUUCAAGAACUCCCCAAGACCCAUCAAAUACGGAUGUCACCAUGACGUCUGCUACCUGUGUCGAGAGCCUUCCCAACUCCCAAGUCAAGUACACUAGUCCGAUAAAGCUCAUGUUUUUUUCACCAGUAAAGGAUAAGGAAGGGCUGAGAUACAGUCUCAAGUCAGCAUAUUCAGGUUCUAGUACACAGGAACCCUUUGACCCGUGUAUAGAGUCUUCAUGGUCAGGGACACUUGAGAAACAAGAAAGCCAGAGAACUGAGCCGGUCACUUUACAAGUAAAAUCUGUUUCUGCAUCACUAAAGUCUGCUAGCUCACCUGCAAGAUCUACUUCUUCAACACCCAAGCCCAAGUCAGCCCCUUCAUCACCCAAGUCAGCUUUUUCAUCAUCAAAAUCAGCCUCUUCAUCACCCAAGUCUGCGUCUUCAUCACCCAAGUCUGCGUCUUCAUCACCCAAGUCAGCGUUUACGCCAGCCAAGUCAACUUCUUCACCAGCCAAGUCAGUUUCAUCACCCAAGUCAGCUUCUUCAUCACCCAAGUCAGCUUCUUCAUCACCCAAGUCAGCUUCUUCAUCACCCAAGUCAGCUUCUUCAUCAUCCAAGUCAACUUCUUCAUCACCCAAGUCAACUUCUUCAUCACCCAAGUCAACUUCUUCAUCACCCAAGUCAACUUCUUCAUCACCCAAGUCAGCUUCUUCACCACCCAAGUCAGCUUCUUCACCACCCAAGUCAGCUUCUUCAUCACCCAAGUCAGCUUCUUCAUCACCCAAGUCAGCUUCAUCACCCAAGUCUUCUUCCUCGCCAGCCAAAUCUUCGCCCAAGUCAGCUUCGUCAUCACCUAAAAUAGGCACCAGAAGAUCGGGCGAAGGUACUCCAACUAAGCGUCUAGCUGGAGCUGAGAGCCAGAGAUCACCAGGUGACUCGAUGUCUUUCCAUGAAACCACUCCAAAAAGGCGUCCGGGCCGGCCCAAGAAGCUGGGACCACAGCUUGAGCAAAAGGUAAAGAGGCCAAUUGGUCGACCACGUAAGGAGAAGGCUGUGGAUUCAGUAAUGGGGGCAAACACGGUCGAUGGAAAAUCUGUUGUAGCGUCUGAAGUUGAGGAGAAUGUAAACAAGAACCUUAAAAUAACAGUAGUGUAUGGCCGUUCAAGGCGAAACAACGCCAACAAACGUAUGGUGUCUGAGGGCUUUGACCAGCUGCAAACAGAAUUCCAUGAUGCUUGGCAAGCAGUGGGCCUAAAAGGUGACUUGGGCAUUUUAAUGCACAACUCUAAGACAAGCUCAGGUGAUGUCAAAGCAGCCUCAACAGAAUCUCCCGAGGAAUUAAAUUUAGUCGGUCCUGUAAAAGAGUCUGCCCCUCAAUCUAGCAGUAACAUCAAAUGUCAGAAGAGGGAUGAUUCUGCACCCUCAAGGAAACCAGGUAGACCUGCAAAAGUUAAAAUCUCUGGGAUCUCAGUCACAGUAACCACAGUGUCGCCUCGGCAGCGUAAAAUUCAGAUAAAUAAGGAUACUCUGCAGUCUCCGGAAACACAAAUUCAUAGAAAAGUUCUCCUACCAGAUUUCAAAUCUGCCAAAGAGCCCUGGACAAUCAGUCGUCAGUCAACAAGCAAAAUCCGUCAAACAGAAGGAGUUGAAACAGAGGAUGAAAGUAAAGGCCAGCCGCAAAAUCAGCCGGUAGCAGUGCGUCACUCAAUGAGAGUGAGGAAGCCCUCGAUCCACUUCCUGCACGCUGUUGCCACCUCUAGAUCAUACAGCCACAGCAAUGCUCUGCUACGGCGCUCCAAAAAACUCCUGCUAAACAAGGCCAGCAAUGAGAGGAGACAGGGGGAGCAACUGAGUAGUGGAGAGACGCCGAGGGAGAAAAGACGGCUCUGCGGACAAGAAAGGAACAACAUCUCUCAGGACCUGAGCAGAGUGGCAGGGGUGUCUGUGGACUCCAUCUUUACCCCAAAAGAGACACUGAGGUGGUGGGCGGCAUCACCCGAGGAACCGACUAUGAACCAAGAGCUUGCCAGGCGAAUACGACUCAUCUCUGACACUUGGGUCUCAAACACUGUGGAGAACCAAGGAAAAGAAACUGCCUUUAAAUCAAAUCUAGGCACUAAAGGCAACAGUUCAUGUACCACGACUUCCAAACAUUCCUCUAUCCGAAUGCUGUUUGACUGUCCUCCUGACAAACCAAGGUCCUGCAGCAUGCAGCAGCUCUGCUCCUGGUUCAUGCAGACCACAGAGACGCAGUCUCUGGCUAUUGUCAAGAAGACAAGCUCCCGUAAUCCUUACGAACUCAUGCACUUCCCUCGUUCUGCCAAUAAUAACAGUGCUUGCCACAGCCCUCAGGCAGAGCGACUCCACAAACACAUCAAGAAAUUUGCUAAAACUGUGCCAAAAAGUCCUUUGCAACACCAACAGGCUCAAAACAGGUUGAGGGAGAGAAAUGAGGCGCCUCUGCCAAUGCACAAGAUCAGGCGACAACUUUUUGCUCCCACGUUUGCAACAGGCAGGCUCAGUCAAGGAGCCCAGUUGCAGAGAAGAGUAUUUGGCAAAUACCGGACCACUCUACGUAGAGCAAAGACGAGGUUCCUAACCCGAAACGAAAGGGAGAGGUGGCGACAGAGGCGAAGGAAUAAGAAAAACAUGCAAGUAGCUACACCUUGUUCCAAUGGACAUGUAGUGACUGGACCACAACCAAAACGUAAGUCAUUGCGCAGAUCAGCAAAAGAUCAGUUGUCUGACUGUUUGGAGAACAGUUCUGUUGACCAAACUCGGGAGCCUGAGGAUGUAACCAAAGAGCAGAACCUCUGCUCUAAAGCCUGGAGUCCCGAGACACUGAAGGAAUGCCGGGUGUUUCUGAGGAAGAUCAACUCUCCAGACAACGAGUCAACUGAGGAAGAGUGGGACUCCUGUACCGUAAAACUGGAUGACGGGUCACCUUCCGCAUACCUCUUUGCAGGAAGAGAAAGAGAACUGGUAGGAGUUGUUAAAGCUGUGAAAACUGAAAGAAAAAGGAGCACCGCCCCAAGGGAGCUAGCAAGUUCCGAACCGAAAUCAGUCCAGGAGCCGGAUGAGAUGCCAGCGGGGAGGCAGAAAGGCAAAUACAAAAGUCCUGGGGUUGUGUCUACUGAAUCACCGCAACCACCACCAGCGAAGAGGUUGAGACAAUCGCGUAUGAGGGGCCUAACCGGGCCACGGUGGCGCGACUUUGUGUUUGAAACCUAAAUGAAGCAUGAAGCCUCCGACCUGGGAAAGGGACUGUGGUUCAACGUGGUGCCUUUGGACAUUGAGCUGACCACGUGGACUGACCAGCCCGCUAUGGUUAAGUCUUACACUCAGCAAUUAUGUAGCAGUCUAACUUAACAAAUGCUUGAUGUUGCACUAUUUUUAUCCAUGGAUAUGUAUGUACAGAAAUGUCAGAUUUUUUUAAUCGUAAACCUGCCUUUGUCUUUCCGAACGCAUUAGUAGAUCAAAUCAUUACGUCAGAGUUUUAUUGGGAUCAUUGCUUUUACCGUGAGCCCGGUCAGAGUGGCUGUAUGGAAAGACGGUGCCAUCUCCCCCAAAAUAUACCUCAUUAUCAAGGCCAUCGGGCAGUGACCUUUUAAUGUAAAUCUUAACAUGAAACCAUACAAAUGCACAGCCCUAAAAUCCCACAGAAUUAAUUUAAUACAUUUAAAAAAAAUGUAAUUUAUAGUCACCCUUACUUUGGCACUGUUUAAAUUCUAAAUUGCUCUUUAUAAUUGCUUUUAAAUUUGACCAAAUUAUAUUGAAAUUGAAUAACAAUCUCUCAAUCCGACCCUUGCUUGCCAUAUUUUUCUUUGAGGCUUCAGUCACUGUUGUAUUGCAAGCCAGUAGCCAAAACCGUGGUGUGAAUGAAGGACUCUUUUGUAUCAACCAAGCCCCAUCUUUCACCUUAAUCACAAUUUGUGUAUGGGCCCAAACUUUAGCAUGGUGUAUUGAACUACAGUAAUUGGCCAUCCAGCUGUAGUAAAACCAAAUAGUUAAUGUCAUUCAAACAUCUUUAAGUGUUGGCACCAAACAGCGGAUAACCCCAACGUUCUGAGUGACUACGUAUUCAGCCCCACAAAAUGUAGAGGUGCACGUGAAGCGAUGAGGAAGGCAGAGAGUAGAACCUGAUUCAUUAGUUGGUUUGUGGGAUCCGUCUUGUUUAUCUUUGUAUCUUCUCGUUUUCACCCAAAGCAGAUACUGUAUGUUGGUGUCGGAUCUACUUCUUGCACUUAUCCCAUCUGAGAUUAUUAACCCCACUACACAGAUUCCUUCCCCAUAUUUUGCACAUCCCGUGUCCCACUACCAAACCCUACUGUAAAACUAGAGAAUCGAUUUGGUGCAAUACAAUCCCAGAUGAUUUAUCCAUAUGUAGUAAUUAUUUUAUUUCUGACAGAUGAAUGGAUGUACACGAGUACCGAUGGCCUGGGAUGUUACUUCAGUUUUUUUUUUUUUUUCAUAGCCAUGUAAUGUGAUCUUAAAAGAUAUUGCCCUUUUUUCCCACCUGCUUUGUUCUCCUCAUGGAAGCAGAAAAAUAACAGAUCCCUAAUUGUUCUAAUAGCAUUAAAUAGUUUUUCAUAAACGUACUAGCAUUAUUUACUGUUUAAAUGCAGGUGGGAACCGUGUUGCUGUUUAGGUUUCCCUAGAGUUUGUUUCAGCGAGACGCGUACCUCCACUGGGGCCCAGCUAGGCCCACUGCUCUUUAAAAUAUCAACCAUGUGAUAGACAGAGCGAGAGAGAUGAUCCGUUAACACUAACCUUGGAUCGGCAUCACGUUAGAGGGAAAGUAGAUCCAAGAUGUCUGGCUGAAGGUCAAAACCUAAACCUGUAGUGUGUCUUGUGUGUGUUGCUAUGGUUGCCAUUUCAACAGGAGGGAUCUGGGGGCGGCCCAGUCUUUGUGAUCAGCUCUCUGUUGAAGAACCUGGUGCUAAACAUCUGUUGUAUAUUUUCUUUGUGUUUUUAUAUACUGUCGAUUACAGAUGCAACAAAGAGGCGUCUGUGAUUGGAACAAUAAAGAGUCUUUUGAAAUAA